UUCAAUGAGGCCAGCUCGGUGCCUGAGAGUCAGAGCGAUGAGCAGAGGGAGGGGGGGGGGGAAGUCGAACAGUCCUGGCGUUGCACAGCAGACACGAGGACGACUCCUGCGUACGAGGCAGAGCCCAGCACAGAGCAGGCAGCCUUGUGGACCAGCAUUCAGACCCAGGACCAGCCGAGCCCUCUCAGACCUGGAGACACUCACCCAGCCGCGUCUCUCGCCUCUGCCACGCGCCUCCCUCACUGACAUGUACCCAGAGGAGAGCCGGGGGUCUGGAGGGGCCGCCACUGUGGACUUCCUGGAAGGGACGUACGACUACGCCGCUCCUACCCCUGCGCAGACUCCCCUCUACAGCCACUCCACCUCUGGCUACUACUCGGCUCCUCUGGAUGCCCACGGACCACCCUCUGAUGGCAGCCGCCAGUCACUGGGCAGUGGGCCUGCCAGUCCUCAUGUGUACGUGCCCUCCAGCCCACGACUCAGCCCCUUUAUGCUUCCGCCCAGCCACCACUACCUGGAGACCACAGCUCCAUCCGCGUGCAGGUCCAGCCAGCAGCCAGUAACCCGAGAGGACCACUGUGGCCCCAGGGACGAGUGCUACAGUGUGGGGGAGUCGGGGGGUGCAGCCGGAGCCGAGGGAUUUGAGAUGGCUAAAGAGACGCGUUUCUGUGCCGUGUGCAGCGACUACGCCUCCGGGUACCACUACGGGGUGUGGUCCUGUGAGGGCUGCAAGGCCUUCUUCAAGAGGAGCAUCCAGGGUAGGAAGAGCACAGGUCACAAUGACUACAUGUGCCCGGCAACCAAUCAGUGCACUAUUGACAGGAAUCGGAGGAAGAGCUGCCAGGCCUGCCGACUCAGGAAGUGUUACGAAGUGGGCAUGAUGAAAGGAGGUGUGCGUAAGGACCGCAGCCGCGUUUUACGGCAUGACAAACGGCGACCUGGGACUAACGACAGGGAUACGGCCUCCAAGGACCAGGACCACAAAACAGCGCCCCUCCUGGAUGGGAGGAAACGCAGCAGUAGUACAGCAGGAGGAAAAUCAUCCGUCGCGGUGAUGCUGCCUGACCAGGUGCUCGUCCUGCUCAAGGGAGCCGAGCCCCCCAUACUGUGCUCCCGUCAGAAGCUGGGCGAACCCUACACCGAGGUCACCAUGAUGACCCUGCUCACCAGCAUGGCCGACAGGGAGCUGGUCCACAUGAUCGCCUGGGCCAAGAAGCUUCCAGGUUUCCUGCAGCUGUCCCUCCACGACCAGGUGCAGCUGCUGGAGAGCUCGUGGCUGGAGGUGCUGAUGAUCGGCCUCAUCUGGAGGUCCAUCCAAUGCCCUGGCAAACUCAUCUUCGCCCAGGACCUCAUACUGGACAGGAACGAGGGGAACUGUGUGGAGGGCAUGGCCGAGAUCUUCGACAUGCUGCUGGCCACCGCGUCCCGCUUCCGCACGCUCAAACUCAACUCGGAGGAGUUCGUGUGUCUCAAAGCGAUCAUCCUUCUCAACUCGGGCUCCUUCUCCUUCUGCACCGGCACCAUGGAGCCCCUGCACAACACCUCGGCCGUGCAGGAGAUGCUGGAGACCAUCACGGACGCUCUCAUACAUCACAUCAGCCAAUCAGGAUGCCCCGUUCAGCAGCAGUGGAGACGGCAGGCCCAGCUGCUCCUGCUGCUCUCCCACAUCAGACACAUGAGCAACAAAGGCAUGGAGCACCUCUACAGCAUGAAGUGCAAGAACAAAGUGCCUCUGUACGACCUGCUGCUGGAGAUGCUGGACGCUCACUGCCUCCACCGCCCCGCCACACCAGCUCAGUCCUGGCUCCAGGCGGAGAGAGAGUCCUCCCCCGCCGCCAGCAGCAUCAUCAUCGUCGGCGGUGGGGGGGGUGCGUCCUCGGCCGGCCCCAGUUCAGGACCCCGAGGCGGCCUGGAGAGCCUGAGCAGAGCCGCCACAGGUCCGGGUGUCCUGCAGUACGGAGGCUCCCGACCCGACUGCACCCACAUCCUAUGAGCGGGAGGAGCCCUCACUAUGGAUGAUGUUCACACCAGAGAAUGGAAGAGGUUUGGGAAUGAAAGAAUAAGCAGCUUGCUUUGAACUCACGUAAUGAGGUAAUAAUUUAUACAUCAAGUGAUUAUUGUUUUUAUGUUGUAGUUGUUUAUUCCUUCAGUUUCCAUUGGAGUCGAUCGCAUCUUCUGCCUGUGUUUGUCUUUCAGCUUUUAAUUACAGCUCAGUGGCGUCAUGUUGUGGCUUUCUGUUACUAGCUAAUUUGUUCUUUUUCUUCGCCUCGACCAAAGUGCACUUUGUCUGGAGUUUAAGGGACUGUCGGGCAUUAUCUUUACUUUUACACUUAAAGGAUGAUUACACACAAAACUAUCUUAUAACUGGUUUGAAAAGAAUGUGGAAUUUAUUUCCAUUGUUAAGACCAAAUCAUCAGGUAUUGAUUAGAAUUAGAAAUUUGAUUCGUUUGGAGAAGAACUUCUAAAUAAUGAAAUAACAAAACGUUAACUGACUGAGAAUUUGUUUGUUAAUUUCGAAUAUUAAAAAAUUGCAUGAUCAAACACGAGAGGACUGGACAAUGUAGGAAGCCAAACUUUAUUGUUGGGUAACUGUUUGUGUACGGUAGGUUUUGUUGUCUACGUUUUUUUGUGUGUGUGUGUCUCUGAGCUAAAUUGAUGCCUGUAUUUGUCAUGAUGGACAUUUCAACCACACAAAAAACUACAUGUUCCAGUUGCCACCACUUCUACCCUGACAACAUGUGAUCAGUGAAGAGGUAAUAAAGAAAAAGAUGCAGUUCCA